AAAUUGUUACCGAUUAUUUUCUCAUUUUUUUGCCAUUUAAAUUCAAUUUGCCCAUCUUGUUUUUGUUUUUCGUCUCGAUUGUCUUCAAGAAUUAUCAUUCCAGUGACUAGCUUGUGAAGAAUUUGAUUGUUUAUUCACUUUACUGACAUUAUCAAAAAGCUCGAAAACUUUUCUUUUGUUUGAAAUUGUCUAAAUGCGAUCAAUGAUGUUGAUUUUUAAAUAAAACAUGCUAAAUGGUCAACAUCAGCCAUAUAAUUUCCAUUCAACAAAAACACUGUUUUCAUCGCCUACAACAACAACGGUAGCAUCAUCAUCAUCAAAAACAUCCACAUCAACAUUAACAUUAUCCAGUAAUGGAAAAGUCGAACAUGCUCAACAUUUUCAUGAAUGGUCAUUAUAUCGACAGAAUUUGAAUGAUAAUUUUAGUGAAUCAGUAUUACAUCAGCAACCAAACAAACAAUUCAAAAUGAAUAGUGUUGCACAAACAUUUUCCACAUCAUCACCACAUAACAAACAACAUUCCAAUCAUAACCAUAGUAAUCAUGCAUUUCCAUUACGUGAAUCAACUGUCAACAAUAUUCUAAGUCAUCCUAAAUAUGGUGCUAAUCAAUUCAAAAAUCAGGAUGCAUUUACUUAUCUUAGAUUUGGUUUACCCAGAGUCAAAACAACAACAACAAACAAUAAUGAUAAUAAUGGCAAUGAUGAACAGCGCCAAUCAUCAAAAAAUCCAGCAAUCAAUAUGGUUGAUAAUCAAAAUUCUUCAUCCGAUGCCAUGAUAAUGAAAUCGGCAACGAAUCGAAUGCCAAUGCCAAUCAAAUCCAUCAAUAAUAAUAAUAAUGAUCGAUCAGGUUCGGCGGCCAUCAAUGAGGAAUUGAAACGUCGUUUUUGGGGCUCAACCGAUUCGGCAUUAAUUCAUCCACCGGCAUCAUUGUCCGAUGUAGAUGAAUCCGAUCGUUCAUCCACAAAAGAACCCGUAACGAAUCCGAAAAAUUAUUUCAACAACAAUAAUAAUAAUAAUAAUAAUAAUAAUAAUAAUAAUAGUAGAUAUAAUCAUCAACAGGAUCGAUUUUUGAAAACACCGAUGAUUACCAAACCAAUUACAAUGCGAUCAACAACACAUCAUUCACAUCAUCCAAAUCAUCCACAAACACCUCAUAAAGAUUAUAAUUCAGAUUCAGUUGAAGAUUUUCAUAUUGAUCAUCAUCAUCAUCAUCCGACAACCACAUCACGACAUUCACCAUUCGAUGAUGAUAUUGAUGAUGUGAAUGGACAUAAUGAACCGUUCAGUUUGAAUCAUCAUCCACCACAACCACUAUCAUCAUCAUCAUCAUCAGCAUCACCAUCAUUGCCACCGCCAUUGGCUAAACAUCCACAUUUAGUUGUUAAAGAUUUAAUGUAUGAAGUGGAUAAAUCAUCAAAUUGGCGAAGACUUUGUGGUUUUAGUCGGCAAAAAUUACGUAUUCUUGAGGAUAUUAGUUUUGAUGUUCGCGGUGGGGAAUUAAUGGCCAUUUUAGCGUCAUCAGCCAACGAAGGUCAAGCAUUAUUGGAUGUAUUAAGUUCACGUCAUGAUCAUCGUAACGGUACAGCGCGUGCUGAAAUCUAUCUGAACGGUGUAUUAAUAUCGACCAAACAUUUAAGCAAUAUGAUUGCAUAUGUAACAAAUGAUAUGCAUCUAUGUUCCACAAUGUCAACAAGACAAGCAUUAUUGUUUGCCGGCCUAUUAAUUGGACCGGCAUCAAGAAGUUCCACCGAUGUGAAACGUUUGACAAGAACAUUAUUGGAAGAGCUUAAUUUGGGUGAAGUUCGUCACACAAAACUAUCGGAAUUAACUUAUUCCGAACGACGACGUUUACAUGUUGCAAUGCAUCUUUUACUUGACACUGAAUUAUUGUUGAUUGAUCAGCCGCUUUUCGGUCUAGAUAUAUUUGAUUCCUUUUUUAUGAUUGAAUAUCUUCGACAAUGGGCAAUGAUUGGCGGCCGAAUUGUCAUAAUGACAUUAUCACCACCAACAUAUGAAGUGUUCACAAUGAUACAUCGUGUAUUGUUGAUUUCCACUGGACGACCGUUAUUUGUUGGACCGAGGAAAGAUUUUCUUCGUUAUUUCAAUUCGAUUGGUUAUCCGUGUCCAUCGUUUAAAAAUCCAAGUGAUUAUUAUCUUGAUCUUGUCACCAUAGACGAUUUAAGUGAAGAAGCAUUGUUAGAAUCACGUCAACGUAUUGAAAAUAUUGCCGACAUUCAUAGCCGUCGAUCAAUGACAGAAAUUUUUAGUUCAAUGCCCGGACCACCAGCCGUAUUACCGGCUCCAUUUCGACGAGCCAAUUUUGCUAUGCAAUUUUUGGCACUUUGGAUACGUGCAUUAAUAUUUAGCUUUCCAUACAAUGUUGUUGAUUUAUUCAAUCGUUUUAUAAUAACAUUGAUAUCAUCAUUGAUUAUUGGUGCUAUUUAUUGGCAAAUUCGUACUGGUCGUGAACAAGAAUUUGUAUGGGAUCGUAUUGGCUUUAUUAAUACAAUGAUUUCCAUCGGAAUCAUUCCAAUAUUGAUGAUCGAAUUCAUCAAUGCUUACACGGAAAAAUUGUACAUAAUAUCCGAAAUCAAUCAAAGAUUUUAUUCACUGCCUGCUUAUUUAUUGGCCAAAUUACUUUAUUCAGCGCCGCAAACAAUUUUGAUCGGUCUUGCAUAUGCAUUACCGGCUUGUUCAAUGGCCGGUCUGCAAUUACAUUCGAAUCCGAAUUCGCUACCAUUAUAUUUAUUAUUGAUGUUGUCAUAUUUUAUAGCAUUACGUUCGUUUAUUAUUGCUAUCGUGUGGAUAUGUAAUCGUCGUUCAAAUGCUUUGUUUCUGUUUGGAUUUUUAUUCACUCUUUUCCUAUUAUCAUCCGGCAUCAACAUUCAAUAUCGAAACAUAUCAAUCACGCAUCGUUGGCUACGUCAAGUAUCACCGAUUCGAUGGUUACAUGAAGCAAUUGUUGCAUGGGAAUUCGAACCAAAUACCAUCAUUACGGCCAAUUCGAUAGAUAAUAAUGGUGUUUUGAGCAGUAGCAGUAGCAAUAGUAUUAUGUCAUCAUUCUUAUGCAGUAGAAAUCCUGUGAUUCAACAACCAAAUGCCAUAUUGGUUCGUGCUGAUUGUGGUUUUCAAACACGAUCCAACAUACUCAAAUGGUUCGAAUAUCAAGGAGGAAAUAUCUUUCAAUCCAAUCUCCGACCUAGUUGGCAUGCAUUUAUCGCUUUAUUCAUAUUAUUUAUCGGUUCAUUUAUAAUCGGUUCAAUCAUAUUUUGUUUACGUGUUUAUUAUUUCGAUAGUGAUUAUCAUCAAUGUUCAAUCAAAAAACAUCAAGAUCACCAUCAUUUGCCACAAUCGACAGCCAGGCAUCGCAAUAUUCGAUGAUAAUCAUCAUCUUUACCAACCAUCCAUACAAUUGAAAUAUAUUUUUGUGUAUAUUAUUUUUUUCUUUCUCUCACACUCGUCUACGUCACAUUUUGUGUAUUCAAUAAACAAAUUUUCUAUUUCCGGCCGGUAUUGACCGGUCACGA